AGAAUAGCUUCUCCUUUUUAACUAAGGCUCAUUAAACAGCAGCAUUGAGAAGUUCAUUGUCUUCAAUUUAUGACAUUUGUGAAAAACUAGCAAACCCAAUAACCAAAAACUCUGAGUUUCAAAAAAUUGGGCGGUGAAGCGGUGUUGGAAGUAGAACUGAGCCUUCCCAUUUCAGAUGUAUAUUAUAUAGCUCCAAAAAUAAGUUUGGUUUGGAAUUAAGUUGUCAUGGGGGCCUAAUUACCGAGGUUUACUUUCGCCGGCCUAAGAGAAAAAGGCAGGAACGCAGCCCGGGGAACCCAGUAGCUGAUUCAAGUCAGAGCCGAAUAUCUGGGGACAGUUUGGGAAAUUCAUGAGUUGAUUUGGUGUUGGGUGAAACACUGCCUCCAGAGGUGAUACGCAGCAGCUUUUGAAGGAGUGGGGCCGCCGUUCUGUUAUGAUAUUAUUUCAGCAUAUAUUCUGUAGUGAGAGGGAGGAGAAAGCAGAGAAGAUUGAUAUCAUUUGUCACUGUAAACAGUUUUUACAUUUCCUUGUGAGAGGACUAGCUCUCAAAAUCAGAACCCAGCGUCUACUUUCGUUACUGUUAUUUUUCAUUUCCUGUUAUUUUUACAAACUGCCAUGGAUAUGUAUUUGCCACUGUUCUUGAUCAGUGUUGAAUGAAAUGAGCCCUAUUUUCUUCUUCAUCUUCUUAUAUCUGUCUGUAUGUGUCUAUUGUUUGUGGAAAGUUGGAGUAGAAUCUGAAAAUCCGUUGCUACCACCUUGCUCAUUUUUCUUGCUGUUUGUUGUGAGAUAUUGCUGGUUGUUGGAGACUUGCUGAGUGUGGUGUUGAUUGGAGAAGAGUUGAACCUGAAACCGAGGGAGCUGCUGUGAAUGCUGCUGGAACCCAUCAGACUGGAGGUUUGCUAGCCCAUAUCAACGGAGAUAGAGUUUGAGAAGCUGAAAGCCCAAAGCCUGUAAUAGCAGUCAUCUGUUAUUGCCAAUUAACUAUAUAUAUAGCUCAGGUCUAACAGAGACCCAAAUUUCUUUGCAUGUAAUAUGGCGGAGACACCUUCACAUUUCUUCAAGGUUAUCCUCCCCUCCUCCCUUAAAGACAAGAAACUGGGGAUUCCGGAAAUGUUUGUGAGAAAAUUUGGAGAUGAACUUUCUGCGGUUGCUACACUCACGGUACCUAAUGGUCGUGCUUGGAAAGUGGGUUUGAUAAAAGAUGGGCAAAAGAUUUGGCUACAUGAGGGCUGGCAGGAUUUUAUGGAAUACCAUUCAAUCCGUGCUGGAUACUUCUUGGUUUUCAAGUAUAUAAAGAAUUCAGAUUUUAAUGUUCUUAUAUUUGAUAUGACUGCCUGUGAGGUUAACUAUGCAUGUAAUGGUAAAGAUGCAAGCAAUGAGAAAAGGAACUCAAUACACCAAGAUGAUGAAGUGGCAACUGAGGACUACCCAACUCCAAAUCCGUUGUUUACUCCUUCAAGAAGCAAAGUUUUUCAUGGAUGUACAAGUAGACACCCAUAUCGGGAAAUGCGCACUCUUUACAGGGAGAAUUGGGAGAAACAAACUGAAGACAUUCAAAGAAAGAGGCAGAAAAUGGAAGGGAUGGAGGUGAUGAGUGAGUCAAGGGAACCCAAAUUGAACUUAACUACAAAGUACAAUUCAAGAAGAUCUGUGCACCGCAAAAGGCAACAAAGAAAAAGUGUUGAGCGUUUUGUGCCAUGUCAAGUAGAUAAAGACAUGGACAGGACUGGUAGGACUAAAUUUGAGAAAGCUAAACACAAUGGAAAGGGUGAACACCAAACAGUAGUUUCCAAAUACAAGGUUGAGAUAAAAAAUAAUUCCAAUAGAGUUGGUGAACAUUCUUCAGAGGGAGAUAAUAAAAUAAGCAAAAUAGAACAAAAGGAGCUGUUGGCUAUACUUGAAGAUAUGGGAAUUUAUUUUACUAGAAAAUAUGGCCAUAUUACAGCAGAAGAAAGAGAGAGGGCAAUCAGUGCUGCUAAGUUAUUGAAGCCUAAAAAACCUUCAUUUAUGGUGAUCUGGCAGUCAAAUAACCUACGUAACGCUCGUGUGUAUGUGCCGCUCAAAUUUUCCACUAGAUAUUUGAGAGACGUUAGCAAACAUGUUAAACUACAGUAUUCUGAUGGAACCAAGUCAGUUGCUAAAAUGAUAUGGUAUGAUAGUACAUGUUAUAUAAGCAAAGGAUGGACUAGAACUACAAGUGACAGGUACUUUAAGACAGGUGAUAUCUGUAACUUUGAGCUGGUUAGCAUGAAGGAUGUUCUUUUUAAAGUUUCAGCAUUUUCUGCUUCUAUAGAGUAAAUCUAAAUUAUUAGGAUUUUGUGCAGUUAGCCAUGUGUGAGCUGUGAGCUUCAACUUUUUGUAAUGAGUUGCAGUAACUGUGAUAAUCUUCGAGCUUUAUUGCUUGACUAAGGCCUUAAAUAGAUGGUUAUAUUCAUCUC